UGAAUACAUAGUGGAAAAAAGAUUCUUGAGAGCUAAGAAGGUUGAUACUAUAGGGUAUAAAGCUAUUAGAGGAAUCUAGUUGUUAUCUAAAGCUAUAAUAUAAUAAAACUUACCGUCAUUCGUAAUAAAACUAUACAGUAAAAUAUAGGUGUCCUCUACAGAUGAUGAAAUUACCCUUGUUUCUAACCUUAGAUUGUAAGAACCCAUCCUGGGUCGUUCAUUGGAGCCAAUCAGCUAAAUUUAUCAGAACCAGCCUCAUCGAAUCAGCUGUCAUUCAGCAGAUGAAAACAAAGGCGGACCCAUUAAGGAACAUGACUCUUUAAGACAGUUGGAAGAAUUAUGGACUGUUGGAAAGCCCAGGAAAAAAAGAGAAUGCAUGAGAGGAUAAAAGAAACAAGAAUAUAUGGAUUAGAGACUUCAGUUGCUAGGUGGCUGGCAGUUGUCCUUCAUGGCUGUUUUGGACAAAACCAACAAUUCAAAUUAAAACAUUGGGAAAGCAACUGCAGGAGCCAGGCAACAAUUUCAAAGUGCCAUUACGUGUUCUGAUGGUUCUAUAUACCUUCGCUUCCGUUAAUCUUAUCCAUUCCACGCUCAUCUUUACUGAGGGAAGCUAGCAAUACAAUCCUAACAGACUGAAUUAGCAGAGAUAUAAAUAUUGGAUAUAGAUAUUAGCUUCCAUGCUUCCUUUAAAUCUUACACCGGCCUUCUGAUUAUAUCCAGAAGAAUCUGUUCUGUAUGACAUUUGAUAUUUGACACUUCGGUCAUAUUACUAAGCCUUUUUUUUUUAAUUCAUCCAAAACCUAAAACCGUUUGCUGAAUUGGAAAUGGCACAAUCGGGGAUUAAAAGUGCCGCAUCGUUGGCAUUUACUGAGCAGGAACCCAGCAGAGACGAAGAGGAGGAGGAAGGGGAAGGGGAAGAAGCAGAACAUCCUUCAGAAGCUGACAUGUCUUGUACCACAGAUUGCCCAAAAGUGGAAAAUGUGAACCCUGGAAUCAAAAGGAUUCCUAAAGACCCAGAGACCUGUGACAUCCCGUUCUACGUGUCCGAAUUUGUAGAAAGGAAGGUCGGAAACGAUUAUGACUCGUUAAGCAAGCUUGGGGAGCUGAUUGAACAGUUGUCAAAAAACAAGAUGAAAUUAGAAGAACAGGUCCUCACGGUUUCCUCCGAAGUCCCCAAAAGGAUCCAGAAGGCAUUGCAGAACGCAGAAGAUUCGAAGAAAUCACUCCAUCAGUUUCUGGAAAGCGAGAGAAUUUUGUACGAUUCGGUGAAUAGCCACCUGUUGACAGCCAGCCCUUGGAUGGAGGAGUUUGGUGCCCUGAUCAGCCAAAUAAAAGAAGUCGAAAGACACCUCGCUUAUUUAAAACAGAUUUCACAAGUGGAAGAAUUAAGUGACAACAUCCAGCAGUAUCUGAUGACUAACAACGUUCCCGAGGCGGCUACUGCCCUGGCUUCCAUGGCUGAAUUAGAUAUCAAGCUUCAAGAGUCCUCCUGCUCACAUCUCUUAACUUUUAUAAGAUCUACUAUUCAAUUCUGGCACAAGAUCCUGAAAGACAAAUUGUCCAGUGACUUCGAAGAGACGCUGACCCAGCUGCAUUGGCCAUUCAUCGGACCAGCUCAGUCCAAAGCUUUGAGCCUGGCUCCUUCCUCGGCUAAUGCCACAGAAAUAUACAAUAACUUUGAGACCCUGUUUUCUCAGCUCCUCAAACUGCAGCCGUCGGACGAACUAUUAACCAAACCGAAGCAGCUGCCGGAAAAAUACCUCCUUCCGCCGACUCCACCCAUUAUAUUACCUAUGCAGAUCAUGUUGGCUCCCCUUCAGAAAAGAUUCAAAUACCAUUUCACGGGGAAUCGGCAAACCAACGUCUUGAGCAAGCCCGAGUGGUAUCUUACCCAAGUACUGAUGUGGAUUGGAAACCACGGCUCGUUUCUUGAAGACAAAGUUCAGCCUAUAUUGGAUAAAGCCGGAACUUCGGUGAACGCCAGGCUGGAGUUUUCCCGCGCUUUGGUGACGCUCAUCCUGGAGAAGCUGGACGCGGAGAUCCCUUGCAUGCUGUAUGACGACAACCUCUUCUGCCACCUGGUGGACGAGAUCCUCCUCUUCGAAAGAGAGCUGCACGGCGUUCACGGCUACCUGGGCAGCCUCCCCAGCUGCAUGCACAUUUUAUCGGAAGAAACCUACUUUCAGAGGUGGUUAACUGUAGAGAGAAAAUUCGCUCUUCAGAAGAUGGACUCCAUGCUUUCGUCGGAAGCUGCGUGGGUCUCCCAGUACAAAGACAUCACUGACGUAGAUGAAAUGAAAGUCCCAGACUCUGCCGAAACUUUUAUGACUCUGCUUCUGGUGAUCACCGAUAGAUACAAGCACCUUCCUACGGCAGCCAGAAAACUGCGGUUCCUGGAAUUGCAGAAGGAGCUGGUGGACGACUUUCGGAUCCGACUCACUCAAGUCAUGAAGGAAGAAACCAGAACGCCCCUGGCCUUCCGAUACUGCGCAAUCCUAAACGCGGUCAACUACAUCGCAACAGUACUAGCAGACUGGGCUGACAAUGUUUUUUUUUUACAGCUUCAGCAGGCUGCCCUGGAAAUCUCCGCAGAAAGCGACACGCUCAGCAAACUACAGUUGGGGCAGCUGGCUUCCCUGGAGAGCUCUGUGUUCGAUGAAAUGAUCCACCUCCUGGAACGGUUGAAGCACGACAUGCUGACUCGCCAAGUAGAUCACGUCUUCAAGGAGGUCAUAGAGGUGGCCAAGAUCUACAAAAGGGAAAGGUGGCUCUCCUUGCCUUCCCAGGCCGAACAAGCUGUGAUGUCUUUAUCAACCACCGCCUGCCCCUUGCUCCUGACUUUGAGAGACCGGCUCCUUCAAUUAGAGCAGCAGCUUUGUUACUCCUUGUUCAAAAUCUUCUGGCAAAUGCUCGCGGAGCAAGUCGACUUGCUCAUCUACCAGGAGGUCAUUCUAGCCAAUCACUUCAACGAAGGCGGAGCGGCCCAACUCCAGUUCGACAUGACUCGGAAUCUCUUUCCUCUGUUUUCCCAUUACUGCAAACGGCCAGAGAAUUAUUUCAAACACAUCAAAGAGGCUUGUAUUGUGCUGAACCUAAACAUUGGUUCAGCCCUGCUGUUGAAGGACGUGCUACAGUCGGACACCGAAACCAGAAGUGGAAUCGCCUUUAAUGCAAAUCAACCCACUGCUGUGGCGGCAUUAAAUGAACUUGGCAUUUAUAAGUUAGCUCCAAAGGAUGUUGAGAUCCUCCUUAAUUUGAGGACGAAUUGGCCUAACGCUGGCAGAUAAUCAAGAAUGGAGAGACACUAAUUUCUAUUACAUUAUUUAGAAAUUACCCCUUGUUCUCACAUGAUGUUGAGUACAUUGCCUUGGAAAGAAAAAAACACAUGUUAAAAACACAUUGAAAAUUAACCGUUUUGGACUGAUGCGGUGGUCUAGAAGUGGAGCUCUCACCUCACAAUCAGAAGGCUGUGAGUUCGAUCCUAGCUAGAGGCAGAUAUUUCUCUUUCUGGUCACAAUGAAAAUGUAUCUGCUAAACAAAACUCCGCAUUGGCGACAGGGAAAGGCAUCCGGCCAUUCAAACGCUCUGCUAGUUCCGUUCAGUUACCCAGACUCCGCCCCACAAGGGAUUGUGGGGUCACUAAAUGAAGAUGAUGAUAUAUAUCAUUGUUUCAAAGAAACAUUUGUAAUUUGAUGAAGUCUGGUUAAUAUAUUGACGGUUGGGUUCAGUUGCAAAUUAACCAUCAGUGAUAUCUGUCGUUUUUUUCAAUUGUAAUCAAGGGACAUUCUUUUCAAUGGGAAAUUAUUCUAACAUAUGCUCCAUAUUAUAGGAAAUAGUCAUCUUGAACACACUGGAGUAUUUUUU